AAGAAGUAGGCUGUUACUUUUCAUCAGAGAAGUUCAGUCUGGAGCUGAAGAAAGCGCCGCCACACCCGAUUGGCUCCUUCCCUUCACUCAAAAACUGAGAAAAGAGAUCUUUUCUCCCUGAAAAUGCAGACCCCGUCUUGAAACCAAAGGAAACUUUUCACUCUAAAAGUGUAUUGAUCUCAGUAUUUUGCAGCAGCACGUGAAGCAGACUGGAAAAUUGUGGGGAUGUUCUCACAAACCCUUUUAGCUGUUCUGCUCUGCGCAACUGUCGUCCUCCUCAAUGCUCAAAAUGAUGAAGGAACUUCCUGUGCAGAUAAAACUGACUGUCCUAUCACAGUGUACUUUGUCAUUGACACAUCUGAGAGCAUUGCCCUUCAGACUGACCCUAUUGAGAGUUUAGUGAACCAUAGCAAGAAGUUUGUUGCUCAAUUCGUCAAUAAGCUGGCCAAUGAGGUCUACCAACAACAAAUAUCCAUAAACUGGCAAAUUGGGGGACUUCAUUUUUCAGAUAUAGUGAUAAUCUUUAGUCCUUUAACCCAAGACAAGGCGAUAUUCAAUGAUCGGUUGGAAAAAAUCCGUUACAUUGGUCGGGGCACUUUCACAGAUUGUGCUCUCUCCAACAUGACGGCUCAGAUGCCUCUCAAUUCACUGGGGAUGAAUUAUGCUGUUGUGAUCACUGAUGGCCACGUGACAGGGAAUCCCUGUGGAGGGAUGAAGCAGCAAGCUGAUCGAGCACGAGAUGUAGGGAUCAAACUCUUUGCAGUGGCCCCCAGCCAGAAAAUCUAUGAGCAAGGUCUCCAGGAAAUUGCCAGCCUUCCACAUGAGCUUUUUCGGAACAACUAUGCCACCCUAAAGAAAGGCAGUGUUGAUGAAGAUACUGAGACCAUGGAUAAGAUCAUACAAGUUAUGAAACAUGAUGCCUUUGCAAAGUGCUAUAAAAUGAGCUGCCUUGAAAUUCAAGGUCCGCGUGGUCCAAAGGGAUUUCAAGGACAAAAGGGUGCAAAAGGGAACAUGGGGAUUCCAGGCUAUCUUGGGCAAAAAGGACGACAAGGUGAUCCAGGAAUUGAAGGUCCAAUUGGACAUCCUGGGCCUAAGGGUAUUCCUGGUCUAAAAGGAGAAAAGGGAGAGUUUGGAGCAGAUGGACGAAAGGGAGCUAGUGGUACUGUUGGAAGAAAUGGCACGGAUGGACAGAAGGGCAAGAUGGGGCGGAUUGGACCUCCUGGCUGUAAGGGUGAUCCAGGCGAAAGGGGUCCUGAUGGCUACCCGGGAAACCCUGGUGAUCAAGGACUACCGGGAGAGGAAGGAAUAAAGGGAGAUCCUGGCCGGCCUGGCAGACAUGGCCCACCUGGUCCCACUGGGGAACUCGGAGAUUCUGGACCAAAAGGAUACAAAGGAGAACCUGGUCUUCCUGGUCCCAAGGGAAGUCCAGGCGCCAAAGGACUUGGGGGACCAAAAGGAGAAGCUGGUCGUCGUGGUGAUCCUGGAGACAUAGGAAAACCUGGAAAUCAAGGAUCCAAGGGGGAAAAAGGAGAUCCUGGUUCUGAGGGACAAAGGGGUCUACCAGGAGAAGUUGGAGAGAAAGGAAGAAAUGGAGAUCAAGGAUCACCAGGCCAGCGUGGUUCACCAGGUCCUAUUGGAGAAAAGGGCAAUCCUGGCUCAGCUGGAACUCCUGGGAGAGAAGGUGAAAGGGGCGACAUGGGGCCUAAAGGACCCAAGGGUGAUAGGGGAAGACCUGGCUUAAGCGUUCCUGGUCCCAGGGGACCCCGGGGUGACAAAGGUGGAAAGGGUCAGCUAGGCCCAGAGGGUGCAAGAGGUGACCUUGGACCAAAAGGACUUAAAGGGAAAAAAGGAGGGCCAGGUGAUGAUGGAGGUGUCGGCCUUCCAGGUCCACCUGGAUCCAGAGGACCAGAUGGUGAACCUGGACCCGAGGGUGACCCUGGUCCUCCUGGAGAUCCUGGCCUGACUGAUUGCGAUGUGAUGACCUACAUCAGAGAGACCUGUGGCUGCUGUGAUUGUGAGAAGCGGUGUGGUCCAUUGGACAUUGUCUUUGUCAUAGAUAGUUCAGAGAGUAUCGGCUAUACCAAUUUUUCCCUGGAGAAAAACUUUGUUAUCAAUGUGGUGAGCAGGCUAGGGUCCAUUGCCAAAGAUCCGAAAUCUGAGACAGGUGCCCGUGUUGGAGUGGUACAGUACAGUCAUAAGGGAACCUUUGAAGCCAUCCAGCUCAAUGAUAAGCGCAUUGACUCACUCUCUAGUUUCAAAGAAGCAGUGAAAAGGCUGGAGUGGAUUGCAGGGGGCACCUGGACUCCCUCUGCACUUCAGUUUGCCUAUGAAACACUCAUCAAAGAAAGCCGGAGAGAUAAAGCCCGGGUGUUUGCUGUGGUGGUGACUGAUGGACGUCAUGACCCUCGAGAUAAAGACUCAAACUUACAAGCCCUGUGUGAUGGAAAUGUUGUGGUCAAUGCCAUUGGGAUUGGAGACAUGUUCAAUGUAGAUGAAGAAUCGGAGACUCUGAAAGCAAUUGCUUGUAAUGACCAGGACAGAGUCCAAAGAAUGAAAGUGUUCACUGAUUUAGUGGCUGAAGAGUUCCUUGACAAAAUAGAGAUUGAACUCUGUCCAGAUCCUCAGAUUGUCUGCCCUGAACUGCCCUGCCAAACAGAUGGGAGGUACCCAAUUACUUUCCGCCCUGUGGAGGUCGAGAUAACUUUGCCCAGCACCAAACCUAUGAUCGCCCAGUUCCUGAACUCCACGAGGGAGAUCCAGGACCCCAGCAUGUAUACCCAACUGGUGGCCACCUUGGCCUAUACCGCCGAAAAAGCCAAGUUUGCCACUGGACAUGAGCGGCAGGAGUGGAUGGACUUGUUCAUUGAUACUUUUAAAAUGGUGCACAGAGAAAUUGUGGGGGAUCCAGAGACUGUAAUAGGACUUUGCUGAAAUUAUUAUUUUGCCUCUAAGACAAAAAUAAAUUUACGGUUUGGCCUACAGAACUUAAAGAUAUUUAAAAGGACAGCCCUUUUAGCUGAAGGAUUUCUCCUUUACUUUUUAUUAAUUCCAGAUUAUAACAAAGAAGCUUCUAGAAUAGGAAUGUUCUCAAAUGUCUGCUCUGGUGUGGCUAAGGCUUACAUGCAGCUUUACUUAAUAACCAGUGUCCUGAUCCUGGCCAAGAAAUGUUUCCAGCCACUGCAUCUCCAAACAAAGACACAUGCAAGGCAGGAGAGUGUAAACCUUUAAUUCCUUAUCUUAAAACCUGUCUGGGAUGAGAGACUGGCAUAUUUGCUAAAGCAGAGAUUCUAAGAUCAUGGUACACACACACACACACUCCUCCAAGAAUCUCGUUGUCAGUCCCAAGAGAUUGUUACCAACUGGUAAGAAGCAGGGAAAGCAUUAAAGAGAUGGCUAGAGGGUAAGGAGGUUAAUUUUUAGAGGCUGUCUACACUGAAUGACCACGAAGGGGAUUUACAACAGAUUCUUGUAGUUGCAACCAUUACAGUGUUCCCCACAGCCAUAUGAUUCUGAUUCAGGUUCUUGGCAAGUGGUUCAUAAUUAUGAUAUCACAACAUCCCAUAGUCAUGAGUUCUCCAUUUGUGAUCUUCACUGUCAGUUUCCAAAAAGCAAAGUCAAUGGGAAAGCUGACAGGAGAUCGCAAAUGGCAAUCAAGUGACAACGGAAUGCUGCAACUGUGCAGGAUUUGCCUAACAACAGCAAUUGGGACAGUGAUGUCGUGCUUAAAAACCACAUUGCUUAGCAAUAGAAUUGCCAGUCGCAAUUACCAUUGCUAAAUGAUGUGGUUGUAAAUGUAAAAUAGUCCCAAUUACCAAAGUUAAGCAAGGGCCACCUAUAUUUUAAUUAAUAUGGUAUAUGAAAUGCUUGCUAUAUUUGAAAUGCAGACCAAUGGUGACUCCCCUCCAGAAAACAUAUAACAUCCUUACUCUGAAAAAUCCAAAUUAAGAAGAGUGACAACAUUCUGCUCUUUGACUUCCCAAAUAGUAUUUAGAACAUGAUAUUUACAAUUACAAGUUGCUAUAUGGAAUGUUUCUAAGUGUUCAAUGUGUGUCUCUUUCUCUAGUGAAACCAUGGCAUGACCAUCAUGUGUCUAACCCUAACUGCUUUUUAAGAACUGGUGAAUAUCUUGUGUCCCUUCUUCUGCCAACUAAUUAUCUGUAAAUGCCUGUCUGUCUGACUCUUUCUUUUACUUCCAAGAGCUUUGGUAGAUAAUUUCGUAGGUAAUCCCAUACAAACAGGGAUUGUGGCUCAGGGGCUAGGAUGUUGAGCUUGUCGAUCGAAAGGUUGGCAGCUCAGCGGUUCGAAUCCCUAGUGCUGCCAUGUAACAGGGUGAGCUCCCGUUACUUGUCCCAGCUUCUGCCAACCUAGCAGUUUUGAAAGCAUGUAAAAAUGCAAGUAGAAAAAAUAGGGACCACCUUUGGUGGGAAGGUAACAGCGUUCCAUGCGCCUUUGGCAUUGAGUCAUGCCGACCACAUGACCACGGAGACGUCUUCGGACAACGCUGCUCUUUGGCUUUGAAACGGACAUGAGCACUGCCUCCUAGAGUCGGCAAUGACUAGCACGUAUGUGCGAGGGGAACCUUUACCUUUACCUUUACUAAUACCAUACAGUGGUUUCCAUUACUUGUUGGACUUUGUCAAUCAACCUCCGGGUCUCUUGGGCCUUCCUCUUACCCAGAUGGUCCUCACAGGCCCUGGGAUGGCAUCCUGCCCCACUGGUCCCACAACUUGGACCUCCUUCAUCCUACUGCCUUGCUUCACUUACCUUUCCCAAAGAUUUGAGAAAAAGAAAUGGCUGGUCCACUGUGCAGCCUUUCUAUACAGAGACUGUCUCAGAAACAGGUAUCAUUUUGGGGGCAUCCACAAAUGAUCCAAGAAUUAUAGUCACUACCAAAAUGGCACCUGCUUCUGGACAUCACCAUGCAGCUCUAUAUAGGAAGGCCAUGAAGCAGAUCAGGUGCUUCUCUUUCCCAAAGGUAAUUUUUGGAAAAAAAUAAGUGGAGUGAGGCAUGGUGGAGGGGCCCAAGAGUGUGUGUGACCCAGCAGGAAUGGAAACUAUGCAAGGGCUCCCUUGGAGUGGGAGAAUCCCUGGAAGGACUGGGGCAGGCCAUGUGUGAGCUGGGAGGUGCUGCAGUGCACCCCAUGCUCCACCUAGAUCACCAACCUCACUUAACAACUACCAUGACUUAUGACCAUAAUUCUGGACUCAAUUGUGGUCGUAAGUCAAGGACUAUCUGCAGUUAUUCUAAGCAUGUUAGAAAAAUUGUGCUAAGAAUAAGUAAGGCUAGGGACCCAAAAUUAAAACAUAUUAGAUAUCAAGCAGUUUCACACCAAAACUGAUGCUACUGAAGGUUCACUGCCUUUCUGAGCAAUUUCAGAAAUAUAGGGCCCCCAAUAGCAUGCUGGAAGCAGUCUGUAUAGCUGCUGACACCUGCCAUAUAUUGUAGAUUAUCUCAGAGACUCAAGAGAUACUAAGUUAAACCUCUGGCUCUGGAGUUUUCUUUCUCACUUCAAAAGACCAUUCCCAUAUGGCAUGAAAAGCUGUUACUAUACUCAGAAAACUCUCAAAGCUCUUAACAAUUGUGUAAGAUACAUAGAAUCAUGGGGCUGGAAAGGACCUUGAAGGUCUUCUAGCCCAACACCCUGCUCAAGGCAGGAACCUUACACAAAAGCACUCAACUAGUUGUCCAAUCUAUUCAUGAAAACCUCCAGUGAUGGAGUAGCCACAAUCCCAAGAGACAAGCUAUUUUAUUAAUUAAUUCUACACUCUGGGUUGUAAUUUAGUGGUGGUCCACCAGAACAUCUACUGAUAUAAUGACCUUGUUUAUUGUCUGGAUUUGUCAAAAACCAUAGCGAAGAUAAUUGGAAUUGAUUGGGUUCUAGUUUCAAGGCAUGAAAUGUGGGAUGGUGAAACUAAAAAAGAAAUCUAUAUUAAUGCAAUCUUUCUGUUUUUUAUUUGCUCAGUUUCUUAUUGUCUCCCAGUUAUCCUUCCUCUUUUAACAUUUUAUGUUAUGCUAAUAGCAUUUCUCAUUGCUUGCAAGUUUUACAAAACCUGUGUAAGUGGACCAAAACAUACAAGGAAAAGAAUAUGAAUUAACACUUAUUUUGGGGGAAAGCCUAGAGAUAGAUGUGUUACAGGUUUUCCCUUUUACCUCUGAAACUGCAUUUUUCAAAUAACACCUGACUCAGUCAGCAGGUCAAAACAAAAAAGGCUACAAAGCAACAUAUGCAAUAAUGCCAGGGAGUAAUGUGUAAGGAGGCCAGAAGUGACUUUAAAGAAAGAUUUGGCACAGUAUCAUUCAGGCAGCUGAACAACAAAAUACACUAAAACAAUAGAACCCCUCUUUUGGCAUAAAUUUGCUGGUACAGACUAUGCCUACUAAUGUUUCCUGGCAUCCAUAGAAAUAGUAAUAACUGGAAAUGUAUAAGGAAAAGUAUAUAAUCUAAUUAAUUUGUAAAUGUUUAUCCACUGUUUACAUCAAUUGGUUAAAUUUGAUACACUCCUUAUAAACUGGCUCAAUCUGAAGAAAAUUCCACUCAGAAACUAGUAUUCAUGCUCAGGAACUUGCCUGGCCAGUCUGUCAUAUUGCGUGUACAGUUAUGCACUGGUUUUAUUCUGUUUACUUCCCUAACAUAGGCUUUAAUCACACCUUUACAUAACCUUAGAAAUAAUUUUAAACAGAAUUAAUGGAAAUUGUUUCUUGUUAUUUCAUUUUUGGCAAUUCAUGGCCAGUGGUAAGGAACCUCAGCGAUGUUCCCUAUCCCCUGUGUAAAUCUGUUUUAGUUGUGAUGUAACAGAAAACAAAUGAAAGAUUUUGAGACUUUUUACAGUGUUCUUCCCAAGGAGACAUUAAUGUACAAUAAUGCUUUUAUUUUGGGUAAAAGUUUGCAAUUAAUUUAUUUAGCCAGUAAAAGUUUUAUUCUCCAUAAAAUGGUUUAUGAAUAUGUUUUCUGUUUUUUAUUGUCAUUUUUGCUAAUCAUGUCAAUAGCAAUAUGUGCAAUGUGCUUUCAUAUGUGAAAGCAAGAGAUGAAAUCUCAAUAAAAACUGCAAACCUUG